AGCCGCAUUCUUUUGCUCCGCUCCGUCCUGCCUGCUUCGGAGCUCUGCCUCGCAGCCCGGCUCCGCUGCGCUUUGUCCGGCGAUGGAGAGCGAGACGAGGCCCCGGGCCGGCCGGGCCUGGCUGCUCCAGCGGGAGGUGGGGCGCGCCCCGUCCCCGGCGCCGCGGCGGCCGCUUUGCAACUCGCAACCUGGCUAAUUUCCUGCGUCCUCUGGCACCAGGAAGGAGGACAAUCCGUCUCCCCGGGCUGCCCAAGCGACAGCUGUCAGAGGGGCAGGAGCUUCUGGGAGCCGCCAUCUGAAGGCUACGUGUGCCGCUUGGUCAUUCAAAUUGUCAAUUUUAGGUCCAGAAGUGUCCAAACCACAAGUUCUCAAAACUCUCUGAAAAAUGGCUCCCUCCGCGUUAAGCAAUUCUGAAAGGCAUUCUCUGGGAAAAGUCUGUGGCGAAGCAAGGGAUCUUCUUGCAAAUAAUGUGGUCUCGGGCAAAGAUGCAGCAUCUUGGCUGUCUGCUCAAAAAAUGCCUAGACUCUUGGUGGAAACUGAGUGUCGAGCUGCAAAACUUCACAUGGCAGAUUGUCAUCAUUUAAGAGCGCCUGGACACCGGAAAAGGCGAUUCACUGAGCGCCUGGAGUUGGAGACGGUUUGGGGUACAGUCUUAAACAUCUUUCGAGAGACGAUGAAAGCAUUUCCCCUUACAUUUGUUAUCAUGAGAAGCCUAUGAUUUCAUGUACCACUCCGCUGUGCACUGAGGAAAAGCAUAAAUGCAGGUGUGGCCCAGGCUCGGAGUCCUUCCAGCAGAACUCUGACCCCCCACUUUAGAGCCAAGCACCUCUCUACUAGGAGCACUUAUCAAACAAAACCAACCGGACCUGGAGGAGGUGUUUUAGCCUUUUGUCAGGUCUGCGCCGGGCGGCCAUUGGCGGCGGAGCGUCACGUGACUGCGGGGGCGUGCCAAUGUGCGCCCUCGCGGGUGUCAAGCCCCUGUCAGAGUGUGCGAUCCAGAGCGUGAAACAACGCGAUGCAAAAAGCGACCUACUACGACAGCUCGGCGAUCUACGGUGGCUACCCCUACCAGGCAGCCAACGGGUUCGCCUAUAAUGCCAGCCAGCAGCCGUACUCGGCGUCUGCGGCCCUGGGCGCCGAGGGCGAGUACCACCGGCCCGCCUGCUCGCUCCAGUCACCUGCCAGCGCCGGGGGCCACCCUAAGGCGCACGAGCUGAGCGCCUGUCUGCACACCCUGAGCGGCCCGCCCAGCCAGCCCCCAGGCCUGGGCGAGCCGCCCCUGGCCCCACCGCCGCCCCAGGCCGCGCCCCCUGCCCCUCAACAGCCUCAACCACCACCACAGACCCCUGCUCCAGCUCCUGCCGUGCCCCCGCCCCCGUCUUCAGUCUCCCCCCCUCAGAAUGCCAGCAGCAACCCCACCCCUGCCAGCGCGGCCAAGAGCCCCCUACUCAACUCACCCACGGUGGCCAAACAAAUCUUCCCCUGGAUGAAGGAGUCUCGCCAGAACACAAAGCAGAAAACCAGCGGCUCCAGCUCAGGAGAGAGCUGUGCGGGCGACAAGAGUCCGCCUGGGCAGGCGUCCUCCAAGCGGGCGCGCACGGCCUACACGAGCGCGCAGCUGGUCGAGCUGGAGAAGGAAUUCCACUUCAACCGCUACCUGUGCCGGCCACGCCGGGUGGAGAUGGCCAACCUGCUGAAUCUCACCGAGCGCCAGAUCAAGAUCUGGUUCCAGAACCGCCGCAUGAAAUACAAGAAGGAUCAGAAGGGCAAGGGCAUGCUGACGUCAUCAGGGGGCCAGUCCCCAAGUCGCAGCCCUGUGCCCCCGGGCGCAGGCGGCUAUCUGAACUCUAUGCAUUCGCUGGUCAACAGUGUUCCCUACGAGCCCCAGUCGCCCCCGCCUUUCUCCAAGCCCCCCCAGGGCGCCUACGGGCUGCCCCCUGCCUCCUAUCCUGCACCCCUGCCCAGCUGCGCGCCGCCGCCCCCACAGAAGCGCUACACAGCCGCGGGGGCAGGGCCAGGGGGCACACCCGACUAUGACCCGCACGCGCAUGGCCUGCAGGGCAACGGCAGCUAUGGGACCCCACACUUACAGGGAAGCCCCGUCUUCGUAGGGGGCAGCUAUGUGGAGCCCUUGAGCAACUCUGGGCCGGCCCUCUAUGGCCUAACUCACCUCCCUCACGCCGCCUCGGCCGCCAUGGACUACGGGGGUGCCGGGCCGCUGGGCAGCGGCCACCAUCACGGGCCCGGGCCGGGGGAGCCGCACCCCACUUACACGGACCUUACCGCCCACCAUCCUUCUCAGGGAAGAAUUCAGGAAGCCCCCAAGCUCACCCACCUGUGAUGGUGGGCUCGGGGCUGCGCGCCAGGAGAGUCCCCCCUCCCCUCUCCUCUUCCUUUGCUUUUUUUGUUUUAAGGUUCUCCCGGCCCCUCCCUUUUCUCUCUCUCUCCUCUGCUCCCUCCCCUCGCCCCGUUUUGUUUUCUUUGGUAACGCGUUUUUAUAGUUUUUGUGACGUAGCAAUCUUGGUUGCUGGAAUGGCUGUCAGUAUCAGUAGCGAUAUUUAUCUCUUCCCGCCCCUCGUCGGCCGCUGGCCCUGCACCCUUUACCUUCUCUACUCUUUGAUCAGAAACAGGGUAUAUGAACAAAUUUUCUAGCCGAGUUCUUCAAUGUGAAUUUGUUCGUACAUUAUGGCUCCCGAGGGGACGCGAUUACUUUUUUUUUUUAAUUUUAGUUUUUUAAUUGCACUUCUUGUAAAGAGCGAGAAAAAAAAAUCAAAGGCGCUUUGAGACAGGGACCCCCUGUGCAAGGUUAACUACGUGUACGUCUUUCCGUGUGUGUAUGCUGGUGAACAGUCAGAUUUAUUUAUAUUUUUUUUGCAAGCAUUGAAUAAUCUAAGUUUUAAAUAUUAUUUAUCCCCAUCCGUUCGUAUUUAUAUUAAAGAAAUUCUGUACCCUGAUUGUUCAGAAGGUUUCUUGGGCCUUUUGUUCAAUGGUGUAUUGGCGUACGUAGGAAAUUUUUUAUUUGAAAGGGAAAUGUAAUUCCUUUAUAAAAAACGGUAACGAUGCAAUAAUACCAGAGAGGAUCCAGCUUUCGAAAAGCGGUGAUUUAAUUUGUAACAUCCGGCGAAACUGAAGAAAACAAUCUGUAAACGCGAAAACUGCUACAUUUGUUUUGAGAGUUCUACAUUCCUUGCUGCUCACACUCUGAGAAACAAAACAAAAAAAAAAUAAAGUUUUUAUUCUGAAUAA